AUGACCAGGACUUUCAGUAAAGCUGUGCUGGUGUGUCAAAGCCUUGCGGUAACAAAAGACCUCACAAGAGAUGCUAAUGCUGGCCUGUUUGCUGGUGGCCUGUGUGUUUCACCAGUCAUCGUGGUGCUCCACUGAGGCCCAGAGUUCCUACAUCUCUCCUCCUGUCCCAGAGAGAGCUCAUUUUGCUGAGUCGUUUGACUCUGGUCCUCUGGACAGGAGGUGGGUUCGUUCCCAGACUGUCAGAGAGGAGGAUACCGUCUCUCUCUUAUAUGAUGGGGAGUGGGCCAUAGAGGAGCGAGAGGCAGAAAUGCACCCUGGGAACAAAGCUCUGGUGAUGAAGUCAUCUGGGAGACACCACGCUGUUGCUGCCUACUUACACACACCCUUCCACUUCAGAAACUCACCACUCUGCCUGCAGUACGAGGUGAUGUUUAUGGAAGGGGUAGAGUGUAGUGGAGCAUACAUCAAACUGCUGUCUCUCUCUGAUCAACUCAGACUGAGCCAGUUCAGUGAUGUCACUCCCUAUUCUGUCAUGUUUGGACCUGACAUGUGUGGCGGCAACCACAAAAUGCACCUCAUUGUCACGGUAACAGAUCCUCAUACGGGCCAACGGCAGCAGAGACACGCCCCUCAGCCCGACGGCGACCUGAAGGGCUAUUUCACGGAUCGCAAAUCCCACCUCUACACUCUCCGUCUCUUCCCAGAUGGCAAAUAUGAGAUUCUCAUUGACCUGUCACUUAUCAGUGAGGGCAUCCUUCAAACAGACAUGGACCACUCCUCAGAAUUUCCUCAAAGCCAGUCAAUACCCAACAUUAAGCCACCCAGCCAAUCAGAGGGUCUGGGCCUUGGUUCUGUGGAGGCACUGGGUCUGGAGCUAUGGUCUCUGAGGGGGCAAGUGAUGUUUGACAACAUCCUGUUGUGCAACGAUUUGGAGUUAGCUCAACAAUGGACUCAGGACACUUGGGAAAAAAGAUAUAUGCCCAGUCUCCUGGAGCGUCUCCUGUUGGCCACGGCCGCGCGGCCAUGGCUCUGGGGCGUCUACGUCUUCACGGUCGGCCUUCCCACCAUCCUCUUCAUCAGCUUCAUGUGGCCCGACAAGAGAUUUGGCCCCCCUGACCAGGACUACUACUAUAAGAAGUCAGAUGAGCUGCAACCAGAUGAUCCCCAAGACUCUGAACUACCCAGAAGCCCUCAGGAAUAUGGGUCAGUGAGAGGAGCAGUAGCCAGGAAGAGAGAUUCUCAGAGGGCUCAGAAAAAAUCUGACCUGGAGCUAAAAGCUCGGUAAGCAGACCAAGUAAUCUCCAAGUAAUUCAAGCGGUGACUUCCAAGCUGCACUGUUAUUUAAAAGCUGGGAUAAAGUAUGUGUGUGUAUAUACUGUAUGUUUAAAGAGA